AGAACUACAGAAAGGUCAGAAACAGAAACGAACGCGUACUUCUGAUUUGUGACCGUGACACCGUGAGUGGUUUGUCUUUCAAAUUAUUUUUCAUUUGAUUGUAUCUUAAACUUGAAGUGUCCUUAUAAAUUCAUAUUUCUCAAACAGUUAUAAUUUCUAUUAUAUGAGCUGAUUUUGAUAAAUGUUUGUUAAACCAUUUGGCAAAUUGGAGCUUAUAUACCGGUAAUUGAAGUUUGAAGAACUUCUUGACUGAAUUAACUCUUCAUUAUGAUUCACCAAUUUACAGAAAUAUUCAAGUCGUAAAAUACAACGAAUAGUUUAUGCUGGACAAAUAGAUUCGAGGUAUUUCGUAACGAUGGACUCAAACGAAACUGUUUCGCUGAUUGUGCCUCCAGAGAUUUUGGAGAAAAUAUUCUCCUAUCUUGCCAUGAAGGAUCUACUAGCCUGUAGUGAGGUGUGUUUGGUUUGGAACAGAGUAGCCGAUAACAAAAAGCUAUGGAGAGCAUUAGUGAUUGAAAAUAUUGGUAAAGGUUGGCUUCCACACAUUGAAAGUCAAGAAGAAAAAACUUCGUUCUCCGUCACUGGUUAUUUUGAUCCAGUGCUCGAUCUCAAUGUGCAGUCUCAUAAUGAUGAUGAUGAUGAUAAUAAUGAUAGUACACCUUUGUUAUCAUCUGCUAGUGUGGGAUCAAAUAAUAAUACACGAUUGCUUUCAUCCCUCAACCCCUACAAAAACAUUUUUCUACAAAGAGCUUCGCUGGUACACAACUGGACUAGUGGUGUAUACAACAAAUAUGUCUUGGAGCCAAAGAAAUAUGGUCUCACAGACUUUUACCGCUUGCGUGAUUUAAAUUACCCGUCAAAAGCCCCGCAGGACUGUCUAUACUACCCAAUUUUAGGAGAACGUUAUGACAAGGAAAAGGCGUUGCUAUUGAUUGAAAUUAAGGAGGAUCCAAAAAUCGUGUGUAUUCUAUCGAUAUUCGCCUCUUCGAAAAAGUCAUAUGAGUGUGUUAAACGUAUGUGUGUGAUGAGAAAUGAUGUGUUGUGGUUGACCACGAACAAAGUGGAAUAUCUUUCGGUGACAAAACAAGACACGUCUACCAAGAAAUGUGGCGAACCGGACAGCUGUGCUUCACAUUGCAACAAAGUGAUAACUCUGAAGACAUGGCAUCAUGAUAAGUCCAAAUACCAUAGCUACAUCACUAUUGACAAUGAUUACUUAGCUGUCUCAAUUGGUCUUUCAUCGUAUGUGUGGUGCAAAAAAACACUGAUUUUGAAAUUCACUUGUAAUCUACUUGAUUCUGGUAUUCGGUACAAAUUCCCGCGUCUGGUAACUUGCUUUAAAGAUGAAUGUAUGAUUCUAUGCCACAAUGAGCCAGGUACGAACGUGUCUGUUAUAGAAGUAUUCAAAAUCAUUGAUGAUAAAGUUGAGGGUGAACUUCAGAUGAAACGAGCGCUGGAUAUGGAUACAGGCUAUUUUGUUGCAGAUAUGGAAUGCUGUGCAAACUCAAUUGUGAUUAAGGCUAGUGCUGGCUGUUUGGAGGGGCCACCCUAUUCUCUUGUACUCGAACUUCACAGCUUAGAGGUCUCGAGAUCUUUUCAUAACGUUACUAGUCCAUUUUAUUUUUGUGAAGUUGGCUUACAAGAUUUAAUGAUGUAUGAUCGCAGUCGUUUUUCAUUUUCAUGUUUCAACAUCCCAACAAAAGUAUUCCUUGAACGUAAGCUUCCUGGAAAGCAACUAUUGUGUCACUUUUCUCUCCUCCUGGAGAAUCUUGCUGUAAUUCAGACUAUUGAAUCAUUAGAGAUAUGGAACUGGAGGAAGAAUGCUAUUUGUCACACGAUUGAAACAGAUAUUGGUACUCGGUCGAGGCAAAUUAAUAUAUGCACUAAUAAGUGGUUCAUUAUCGAGAAAUAUGAAAAAAUCAUACUCUACAUUGGUAAAAUUUGAGAAAAUUUAUUUCCUUCGAAUUCCCCUUUUUAAUCAAAAUCAGAGUUAAGAGUAAUGAGUUCAACAAUUAUUAAGAGUUGAGUUUAUCAAAAUGCAGUUAAUUUUGUCUUGAAAACGUUUUCUAGGGAUAGAAUUUAUUAUUGUUUAGAUACUAAUUUAUUAGUGCAUAUAAACUUGGAUUAUCACUUGAAUAUUUAUCAUUAAUUUAGCGAUUUAUUAUCAUUAAUCUUUAAAAAAAAUUGCAACAUAUCAAUUUGCUAUUCAUAUUUUCUAAUAAAAUGAUCCUAAGUUAUUUAUGGAGUGUAAAAAUUCAAUCAAGAAUCAUCCUUUUAGCGUUCCAGGGGUUUAUUUUGCUUAUUUACUUGUUCUUAGUACUAGAUUUUGUAUCGUUCGAAGCCUCUAUCUAAUAAGAUCGAACUUUAGUUAAUGAACUCUUGCUAUGAAUCCUCUGGCGAUAAGUCAAAAAUUCACUGGUGCAUUCUCUUUCCAAUUCCAACGGAAAUUGUGGGCGCCAGGAGAGGUCAUUAGAUUCUCUCCUCUUUCCUCCUGGUCACUCCCCCCCACUCUCUCUCUCUCUCCAUCUCUUUCGUCCCAUCAUUUCUCUCAACUGCCCUUCCUUUCCUGACAA